AUGUUUGUCACGCUCGAGACCCGUCGCUUGUUGAGGGUACAGCGGGCGCCGGCAUUCCGUGCACAGCAAUGCGGUUUACAUUAUGAUGGAAGAAGUCGAGUCUCUAAUUUUUGGAUUCCUACUGGCGGCAUCUCCAAGAAACCGGUCGCCGGACAAACUGAGGAUGCCAAUGAUCUAUUGAUUCGCGCCGGAUUCCUUCGCCAAGCAUACUCUGGGGUUUUUCAUCUACUUCCCCUUGGACUGCGAGUGCAAGACAAGCUUGAACGUCUCAUUGACAAGCAUAUGCGCACAUUAGGCGCAUCUAAAGUGUCCUUGUCUUCGCUUUCCUCGCAGGAGUUAUGGGAAAAGUCCGGUCGGUUAAGCGCGAGCUCUGAAGAGGUAUUUCGACUGCAUGAUAGAAAGGACACCCGUUUUCUUCUUGCUCCAACCCAUGAAGAGGAAAUAACUACUCUCGUCGGGAGCCUCACUACUUCCUACAAAAGCCUCCCUCUGCGAGUGUACCAAAUCUCGCGGAAGUAUCGAGAUGAAGCACGACCACGGCAAGGUCUCCUACGGGGUCGGGAAUUCAUCAUGAAGGAUCUAUACACGUUUGACUACAAUGUGCAGGAAGCAUUGAAAACAUACCAUGCGGUUAAGCACGCCUAUACGCAGCUUUUCAAUGAACUGAAGGUCCCAUAUCUGGUUGCGGCCGCUGACUCAGGAAAUAUGGGUGGCAGUCUUAGCCAUGAAUUCCAUUUCAUCAGCUCCAAAGGUGAAGACCGCGUGGUGAGCUGCUCGCACUGUGAUCAUGUGUACAAUGAGGAGCUUGCCGAUGGAAAAACACACAGCUUCAACGAAUCUCCAGAGUCAAAUAGUGUUCCGGGCUUCCAGACCGAGGAUGCGUCGACCGAAGUUACCCCGACGGUCUCCACUGGUAUGUGGAUGUCUAUCUCGCAGGACGGCAACACUCUACUACGUGGGUGGUACCCCAAGUUCUCGAUGCAGAAUGGGUCUACAGAGCCUGUCGAGCGCCAUGUCAACUCACACGCUGUCAAGGCAAUCGCCACUGCUGCUGGAGUGGACCUCGAUCUAAGCGUGGAGAACCCAUUAGACAAAUGGGUUGCGCGGGUCAAAUCACAAUCUGUGGGUCAAAAACCUCGCGUUCUAGAUCUGUACGACUCGCAAGUUCGGGUAUACCAGCGUCCACCAUUGAGCGACCUGCUGGAGAAAGCAGGCUGCACCGUUGCCGACAUUCAAUACUCGAUGCUAGACCGGUUCCCUGGUGCAUCAAACAAACUCAGCCUGGUUCGCGUGCACGAUGAAGACAAAUGCUCGCACUGUGCGGAUGGACUGUUAACCAGCAACCCGGCUGUCGAGCUAGGGCACACAUUUCACCUGGGCACCCGCUAUAGUGAGGUGUUGCAGGCAUCAGUCUCGGUCAAUCCGGCGCUACUUGAAGGCGCGUCCCCGUCGGAUGUCAAAGCGGGCAAGGAGCAGAUUGUACCGAUGCAGAUGGGUUGCCAUGGGAUCGGCGUCUCACGUAUGGUCUCUGCCGUAGCCAACCGACUAGUCGAUCCCAAGGGGCUCAACUGGCCCCGUGCGAUGGCUCCUUAUGAGGCCGUAGUGGUCCCCGGGAAGGGAUUGGACUCCGUUGCUGAACAGGUCUACGAUAGCCUUACUUCAGGAGCUAAGCCCGUAGACACGCUCCUCGAUGACCGUGACAAAGGCAUGGGCUGGAAGCUCGGAGACGCAGACCUGAUCGGGUACCCUGUCAUCAUUGUCGUUGGUAAUGGCUGGAAGAAGCACCAGACUUUAGAGGUGCAAUGUCGCCAACUCGAUGUGAAGGAGGAUGUAUCCCUGGAUCAGCUACCCGAGUUCGUUGAAAGUCUGCUCGCACAGCUGUGA